AUUUAACAUGCUUUACUGCAUUUUAGCGCUUUAUAUAAUAAUAUAUCAAUGUAACGUUAAAUAAACGUUUGCUCUGUUUAGCGUUAUUACGUCAUACGUGGCAACCAAUCGCGGCUGAGUAGUAGGCUGGGCCUUAGAAAAGCGCUGUGCCACUGUUUGGCUGCCUGCUUACAAAGAUUAGCGUCAGGGAAAGUGAAGAGUAAAAAAUACCGUAAUAUUAAAUUAACUGCAGAGAGACUGUCGUGUUGUGUAACACCUAGUAAUUUUAGGGAAGGAAAUAAAAGGAUCUAAGCCGCGUACUCGGUACGAUUAUGCGGUCUGAGCAGGCAGCACCCGGGCGCCCUCCAGCAUUUGUUUACUAACGCUGUAAGAUGGUUCGGCUCCUGCGGUUCACCACUGCAGGCUCUAUGAAGUUUUGGGCGGACUCCUGGAGGAGAGGGAGCUGUGUAUUCAGCACGAACAGCGCAGCUGUUAGGAAUGUUUCUCUGCACCGAAUGAAAUUAAGAUUGGGAUCAAGUGAAACAUUGCUGUCACAUUUGCGUGCCUUCUCAAGCAAACCACCUAAAGGAUUUGAGAAGUUCUUUCCAAAAAGUGCAGGCGCCCCCGGUGUUAAUAGGUCAGCUGCUGAACCCAAGGUGAAAUCAAAUCAGCCAGAGGCCCAGGGAACGAGAGGUGGAGCAAGUGGAGGAGGAAGAGGUGGGGGUGGUAAAAAGGAAGAUGACAGUCGGUGGUCCCGCAUCCUUAAAGGAGACUUCCCAUGGGAUGAAAAGGACUUCCGGAAUGUCAUCAUUGCAGGAGCUGGAAUGCUGUCAGUGUUCGUUUAUUUGCACUUCAGAGACACAGGAAGAGAGAUAUCUUGGAAGGAUUUUGUUAAUUAUUACCUUGCCAAAGGGCUGGUUGAGCGCCUUGAAGUGGUUAACAAACAAUAUGUGAGAGUGCUUCCUGUUCCAGGUGUAAAUACAUCAGAAGUGAAUUAUGUUUGGUUCAACAUUGGCACUGUUGAUACAUUUGAAAGGAAUUUGGAGCAAGCAGAACGUGAGCUGGGUUUAGAGGAUCCACAUAAACUUCCGGUGGUAUACAGCACUGAGAGUGAUGGGUCAUUCCUAAUGAACAUGCUCCCGACUGUUCUGCUGGUUGGUUUCCUGCUCUUCACUCUGAGACGGGGACCAACAGCAGGAGGGAGCGGAGGCAGGAGAGCAAACAACCCCUUAAGCAUGACUGAGUCCACAGCUAAAAUAAUCAAAAACAAGAUCAAUGUUAGGUUCAGGGAUGUUGCUGGGUGUGAGGAGGCCAAGGUGGAGGUCUUGGAGUUUGUUAACUUCUUGAAGAACCCAAAACAGUACCAGGACCUUGGAGCCAAAAUGCCAAAGGGUGCAGUGUUGUCAGGCCCACCUGGCACUGGAAAGACUCUGUUGGCAAAAGCUACUGCUGGAGAGGCUGGAGUUCCAUUCAUUACAGUUAAUGGCUCUGAGUUUCUGGAGAUGUUUGUUGGUGUUGGGGCAGCGCGGGUAAGGGACAUGUUUGCCCUGGCCAGAAAGCAUGCUCCUUGUAUUCUGUUCAUUGAUGAAAUUGAUGCUGUAGGCAAGAAGAGAGGCGGAGGGCACUUUGGUGGGCAAAGUGAGCAGGAGAACACGCUCAACCAGCUGCUGGUGGAGAUGGAUGGCUUCAACAACAGCACUAAUGUGGUGGUGCUGGCAGCCACCAACCGCAUGGAUGUGUUAGAUCCUGCACUUUUGAGACCUGGAAGAUUUGACAGGCAGAUCUACAUAGGACAUCCUGAUAUUAAAGGAAGGGCGUCCAUUUUUAAAGUGCACUUACGACCACUGAAGCUGGAUUCCAGCUUGACCUCAGAUGCCUUGGCCAGAAAACUGGCAGCUUUCACACCUGGCUUCACGGGUGCUGAUAUUGCCAAUGUGUGCAACGAAGCAGCGCUCAUUGCAGCCCGUCACCUCAGUCCAGCCGUGUCCUCCAUACACUUUGAGCAGGCUGUUGAGAGGGUGAUUGGAGGCCUGGAAAAGAAGACCCAGGUGCUGCAACCUGCUGAGAAAACCACUGUAGCAUACCAUGAGGCUGGUCAUGCAGUGGUGGGCUGGUUUCUGGAGCAUGCUGACCCACUACUAAAGGUGUCCAUCAUUCCUCGAGGAAAAGGACUAGGCUACGCUCAGUAUCUUUCUAAGGAGCAGUACUUGUUCAGCCGAGAACAGCUGUUUGACCGGAUGUGUAUGAUGCUAGGAGGACGCGUAGCAGAGCAGGUGUUUUUUGGCAGAAUCACCACAGGUGCACAGGAUGACCUUAGAAAAGUCACACAGUCUGCUUACGCUCAGAUUGUGCAGUUUGGAAUGAGUGACGUGGUGGGUCAGAUGGCAUUUGAUCUCCCUCGGCAGGGCGAGCUGGUGUCAGAGAAGCCAUACAGUGAGGCUACUGCUCAGCUCAUAGAUCAGGAAGUGCGCUCUCUCAUCAGCAAGGCCUUUGAGAGGGCCCAUGAACUCAUCACAGAGAAGAGAGAACUGGUGGAGCAGGUGGGAAAACGCCUUCUGGAGAAGGAAGUUCUUGAAAAGGCUGACAUGAUGGAACUGUUAGGCCCAAGGCCCUUUGAAGAGAAGUCUACCUAUGAGGAGUUUCUGGAGGAGACUGGUAGUUUUGAAGAAGACAUCAGCUUGCCAGAGGGCCUCAAAGACUGGAACCAGAGCAAGGGUGGUUCCUCACAGCAGCAGAAACAGGCAGUGUACCUGUAGACCUCAGCUCUAGCUGGGUUAACAGAGGAAAGGGGGAUUGAGAGUUGUGAUGGAGAAGGACUUUGGCUACAGACACACUUUUUGUAACUGUAAGUAAUCAUAUUGGAGGAGUGAUGAGAUUCCUCCAUUGACCGGAUGUGUGCAAUCGUUAAUUUUUGAAUGUGUUCAUGGCAUGUUGCUUUGAUUUUCUUGUUUAAGGGAAACUCAAAAAAGUUUAAAAUAAUCUGUUACUGAAAGCCCCUGCAACCAUGACUGAGAAGCAGCUUAGAAAGUGUGUGUGUGUGUGUGUGUGUGUGUGUAUGUGUUACUGAAAGCUUUGAUUCUGGGAUGCAAUGAACCUCAUACUGUUGUCAGUUCCAUAAGCGCAGUGAACAACUUGACUCACUUUUUCUUUUUUUUUUAUAGAUGCAAAGAUUUUAAUAUUUAGUCUGGAAUUUAAGUGCCUUCACUGGAGAACAAACACAUUUCAGUGUUACUCUGGUGCUUGACUCAAUGACUUUAUUGCAUUCCAGGCAGUAGGUGCUAUUUUCCCUUUGAAUACUGUCAUUGCAGUGUGGCGGUAAGUAAUAAGUUUGAGUUGGCAAAGUUGUGUUGACUGUACAUUGUAUUUUUGUCCUCAGUCAGAAAGCUUAAAGCACUGUAAUGGAAUCACUGUGUCUUGUCUAUUUUGGACAUUAGUUAUGAUACAGCUAUGACUUGAGUAUUUGUAAGUAGCAAAGUCAAUGAACUGACUGUGUAUUAUAUGAAUGCACUUUGUAAUGCUUUUAAAUGUUUCUGGUUAAAGUUGUUUAAAGGUCUGUUUCUAGUCAGGUCAUGAUCAGAGUGAAGGAAGUGCUGAUGACCUGAUGAGUAGUUGUAAAUGAUUGUGUUGUGUAUUUUUAUGGUACAUUUGACUUUAUUCUUUUAUUUUCAGAUUAUUUCUUUUUGGUAUGUUUUGGCUAUUACUUUAUGAAGUUGGUUUACAAGAGAAAAUUGGGCUUCUCGUGUUGAAAGGGAUGCAGUAUUUUUGAGAAGCAGAGUUUUGAACACUUUUUCUUUUGUUGUAGAAAGACCUGUUACGCUGUUAUAUGCUCUGCAUAAAAAUUCAGUCUUCACAGAGUGCCUACUAAGAGUGUGUUUCUAGUCCUCUAUGGACUUGUGUCUCCUGCCAUUUUAGGAGGUAAAUACCACCCUGAUCGAAUAGACUUGGAAGUAGAUCCUGGAUUUCCUGCAUGUGUCAGGUCUUUUCUCAGGAAUAUUCAAGUAUGUCUACCUCACUGAGGCACUCUGUCCAUCUGUCUCUUUCCUUAAUCUUGGACUGACAGUUUUUACAAAUAUUCCAUUUCAUGCUGAUUUCCUCAAAUUCCUUGAUCCAGCUGCUGAAGCUUUUCCUGUUAUUUUAGGACAUUGCAAUUGUGGUAAUGUCUUAUGUCAGAAAAUCAUGUAAAGAGAUAUUUCUGACAUAAGAUUUAACUGGACUUUGCAGACUGUUAUGCCUUUGUGGCUUUGUGCAGGGUGUUCUACUGUGUGAAAUGUGAAAAUGCAAUGUGUUAAAAUGAUGUAACUUGACUAUUAAAACCUGUAAAGAUGAA